CCUCAACGCUGGUUGACACACACCGUAAAACCGAAGACGAAGAAGAAGCAAGUCUUAAAGCGGAAAUCUGGCGCCAAACUCUGUAACUGUAUCCGCAUGUCUGAUGGUUCAGAGCGAGUGAAGCUCGUGUCUUCCUGCAGUUCCACCUUUUCACUGCGGCGAAAGCAGUUUGUGUUAACUUAACACUUUUCAACCAUUUAAAGGUGUUUGACAGUCAACCCGGAGCUAGGAGAAGCACUACAGUUCUGCUGCUGCAGGAGACACAAUGACUUCACUAACUCUCAAAGGAGUGACAGUGAAUUUCCCUUUUCCUCCUUAUGAAUGUCAGAAAGACUACAUGAGCAAAGUGAUUGAGUGUCUUCAGGAGAAGUCGAAUGGGGUUCUGGAGAGUCCCACAGGUACUGGUAAAACUCUGUGCCUGCUUUGUGCCACCCUGGCCUGGAGAGGGCACUUCAAAGACACCAUCUCUGCCAGCAAGAUAGCAGAGAGGCUAAAGGGGGAGGAGAUGUUCCCCAACACACCCCUGUCAUCUUGGGGGACUGCUGCUACAGACGGUGGCACACCAACCUACUACACCGAUGUUCCCAGGAUCAUAUAUGCAUCCAGGACACACUCUCAGCUGGCACAGGUGAUCAAGGAGUUACAGAACACUUCAUACAGGCCAAAGGUGUGUGUGCUAGGCUCAAGAGAGCAGCUGUGUAUCAACCAGGAAGUAAUGCGUCAGGAGAGCAACCAUGUCAAGGUCCAUAUGUGCAGGGCAAAGGUUUCCACCAGAUCGUGUGUCUACUACAAUAACGUUGAAGAAAAGAGCACAGACAGAGAUUUGGUGAAUUCUGUCCUUGACGUGGAAGACUUGGUCAAAUACGGCAACAAACAGAGGGUCUGUCCAUACUACCUCUCCCGUUCCUUGAAGCAGCAAGCAGAAGUUAUUUUUACGCCCUACAACUACCUGCUGGAUCCAAAGAGCCGCAAAGCGCACAAUAUCGAGCUAAACGGAGCUGUGGUCAUCUUCGAUGAAGCUCACAAUGUGGCAAAGACGUGUGAAGAAUCAACAUCAUUUGACUUGACUCCCUAUGAAGUGGCCUCAGCCAUUAAUGCUGUUGACAGGCUGCUGGUGGAGCAGUCUAAAGAAGCCGGCCAUGAAGACCCUGUCACUGAAGACUUCAAUGUAGAAUCCCUCCAUUCUGGUUUAAAAUUGACAUUACCCGACAUUGCUAAAAUUAAACAGAUACUGCUGGAUCUGGAAGCCGCCAUCGAUUCCUACGAUAUUCCAAGCGACAUAGGCAUCACAAAACCUGGAAUCUUCAUCUAUGAGCUGUUACAGAGAGCCAACCUGACCUACAACAACAAGACGGCUGUGUAUGAAGCUCUGGAGCAGAUCACUGGAUACUUAGCAGGACAGCCAGGAAUAUUCCUGAACACGAGUGGACUGCAACAGCUGGCUAAUAUCAUACAGCUGGUGUUCUGUGGUGAACCAUCAGAAAAGGACAGACAACAGCAGAUGGAGUCCAACACGGCUCAUUUUAAGGUUCAUAUCCAUCGAGACACCAGCUAUCACAAGAAAACACAGAGCGCAGAUGUGUGGGCUCCAUCUUCAUCAAAGAAACAAGGCAACAUUCUGAGUUACUGGUGCUUUUCUCCUGGCUUCAGCAUGCAGAAUCUGGUGGAUCAAGGUGUUCGCUGCAUAAUUUUGACCAGUGGUACCCUCUCUCCCCUGUCUUCAUUCACUUCUGAGAUGAGGAUAAAUUUUUCAGUGAGUCUGGAGAACAGCCAUGUGAUUGAGCGGGACCAGAUCUUUGUUGGCAUCAUUGAGCGAGGCCCCGAUGGAGAGCAGUUAAGUUCAGCGUAUGCUAGAAGAUUUGUUCCUGAAAACAUGAUGUCUUUAGGCAACACUGUUGCUAACUUGAGCCGUGUGGUUCCUCAUGGUCUCUUAGUGUUUUUUCCCUCCUUCCCUGUAAUGGAAAAAACCCUGGACUUCUGGAGAGCUAACGGUCAUGCGGAUCGCAUUGAAAGUGUGAAGCCCAUAUUUGUUGAACCUAAAGGAAAGGGCACCUUUAAUGAGGUUAUUGACGGAUAUUACAGCAAAGUCAAUGAUCCAACAUCCAAAGGAGGAACCUUUUUGGCUGUGUGUCGAGGGAAGGCUAGCGAGGGACUGGAUUUUGCAGACAACUUUGGUCGGGGUGUCAUCAUCACCGGCCUUCCUUUCCCUCCAAAGAUGGACCCUCGAGUCACCCUGAAGAUGCAGUUCCUGGAUGAGAUAAGUCGGAAGAAAACUCCCGGGAUGAAGUACCUGUCUGGGCAGGAGUGGUACAGACAACAGGCCUUCAGAGCUGUGAACCAGGCCAUCGGUAGAGUCAUUCGCCACAAGGAGGACUAUGGAGCCAUCUUGCUGUGUGAUCAGAGGUUUAGAAACUCUGAUGCCAGGGGUCAGCUUCCAUCGUGGGUCAGGCCUUAUGUGCGUCUGUAUGGCGCUUUUGGGAAUGUAAUCCGUGACCUAUCUCAGUUCUUCCGGGUUGCACAAAAAAUGAGGCCUGUGGCACAGAAGAAGGCUGCAGCAGAGAGCUGUGGGACAGUGUGUUUACCAGACACUCAGUUCUCUAGCUUCACUUCCUGCUCAUCCUCCCAAAGCUCCCUCACCCAGAAGGCCAAGCUGCUGGAUGCCCACCUUCCCAGCCUUAAGCGAAGGAGACUUGAUAAACACACAGGAGCCAAUGGGAUGGCGAGGAUAUGUAUUGAGUAUGAGUGUGAGGUGCAGCAGGGUCAGAAGAGACCAGCCAACCUACUGGAUGCUCUGGAGCGAGGGGACCACUGUAGUGGAGAGGACGACAAUGCUGUUGUGGGCGAAGAGAAGGCAAACCAUUUGUCCACACUGUCUCUUCAAUGUGACAAGAGGAUGGAUGAUGAACACCGGGGAGGAAAACGUAAAAUAAAAUUGGUCCAAGAACAGAAAUUGCAAGUGUCGGAGGAUGUCUCUGGGGAAGGUACAUCCAGCAGGGUUAAGAAUUUCCUGGCUGAAAUGAAGAAGUCACUGAGCCAGUUAAACUUUGACCGCAUCGUGCAGAGUCUGCAGACCUACAAGAAGACCGACGACCUGGAUGUCCUGCUGACUGAGACAGCCGUCUUAACUGAGGAUGCUAAUACGUACAUACUGCUCCGGGGCCUCUACCAGUUUAUUCGCCCACAUCACAAAAAGAGGUUUGAUGAGAAAUCCAAGGAGCUGACUGGGAAGAGCUGUGGCUAUAAACCCAAUCACUCACUCUCUGUGGAUGAGAAGAAGGCACUACUGCUGCAGAGCGCUCCAGCCAGAACGCCUGUUGUGGGUCUCACCUCAUCCAGUUGGACUUCUACCUGCAGUCAGCUGAAUACAGAGCAGCUCAACAAGGGAGGACACCACCUGAAGCAGCAAGGAAUAACAGAACCUCAGACUGCUCCAGCCAGAACGCCUGUUGUGGGUCUCACCUCAUCCAGUUGGACUUCUACCUGCAGUCAGCUGAAUACAGAGCAGCUCAACAAGGGAGGACACCACCUGAAGCAGCAAGGAAUAACAGAACCUCAGACGGGUCCAAAUAGUGACUUCCACGCUACCUUUCAGGCUGAUGUGAAAAAAGCCAUUGGAGCAGAAAAAUCAACCCAACUCCUUCAGUCCAUUCAGAGAUACAAGAAGACGGACAACUAUGAAGCCCUGGUGACCACAGUGGUGAGCUUAUUCACCGAGAGAGAUGAGGACUUCAGCCUUCUAGUCAGAUUUGGCAAGUUUAUUCCCCCUCGCCAUAGGAAGCAGUACAAAGAGAUGUUGGAUGCUUUGACAGGCCAGUCCACCUCUGCUGCUGAUGUUUUUGCUGCUGAUAUUCCUGCUGCUGAUAUUCCUGCUGCUGAUAUUCCUGCUGUGAGUGAAGACCAGAAAAGACCAGCUUCAUCAUCCUUGUCAUUGAAGACACAAAGCAAGAUUUCCGGCUUUUUCUCAAACAGGCAAAGAAAGUAGAAUCUGAGCUUCAGGAAUGUUGUUUAUUUAUUUCACACAGCUUAUAACUGUUGUGCUCUGGCUGUGGCUUUGUAAUGUAACUGUAAAUAAGAUACACAGCCUGUUCAGUAUUGGAUUAAUUAACGUCAUGAAAAUGUAAUAUGGAGAAUUAUUAUGUUUAUGUUUUUAUAUUUCUUAUAUUUUACAAGCUAAUUAAAUUCAUGAAAGUA